UAGCAGAAUUGGAGCAGUGAGUUGGAGCCAAAUCGGAACACGAUCAGGAUCUGAGCCGAUAAGAAACCCGACCCAAAGGAUGAAUACGGAACGAGUACGAAAUGCUCGCGACGAAGAUUCGUGGGAACAACCUCCGUCUGAAUUCGACGCGCCGGUCGAGCCAGAGACCCGCUGGACGCGGGUGAAGACUCGCAACAAAGAUUUCAUCGAGACCGUCACUUGGGACGGCCCUGCACAGGCAUUCGGCGCCGGUCAUUGGUUUCGUCGGCUGGUGUGGAUGGCGUUCUUCUUUCUGUGCACAGUGUACAGCAUCAUGCAGUGCUACGAAGUCGUCACUGAGUACCUCAAGUACGCUAAAGAUGUGUCUGUUCAGGUUCAAACGGAGCGCCCGGCGCAGUUUCCAGCUGUGACUCUAUGCAACUUGAACCCCAUCAACAACGAAGAGGCGCUCAGGAACGACGCAGUCUACGGCGCCUUCAUCGAAGUCCAGGAAAAGAACACAGGCCCUGAAUGUGAAGACCUGAAAUCUGUCAGUAAUGAUCCAUUGGAUAAAUAUUUAUACGAUGACGACUGCGAGUUGGAUCCCCUUUCCGAGCUCGACGAAUUUCUGGAAUAUUUUGAUGACCCCCUGGGAGGAGGUUUUCCAGUGCCAGGACAAAGGGAAACGCAUGCAGUUUCUCCAACAUUGAUCCCACUUCCAUUCAACUCUACUAUCCUACCCAAGCUCCCCACUGUCAGUGCGCAGAACACACGUGUUAUUAUAACAGACCAGUCUACAUACAUGGAAAAGGACAAAGCCUUCCAGCGGUUGCAAUGUAGCUUCAUCUACCAGUACCAAACGAAGCUUGAGGAGCAGACAAAGAAAAACUUCACUUUUGCUACGGAUAACGGCACGGUGGAUUACCCUAUCAGCGAACUGGUCAAGAGUGUUGGGGACAUGCGGUUCUGCGCAAACUUUGAGGCGUGGAAAGAUAAGUCUGUCAACAUUCGUUACAACCUAGUCUGCAAGAAAGAAGUCUACGAGGAUUUACUUGGGAACUACACCGAUAUCAACAGAGCCUACAACGAGACCUACAUCAACGCCACUCAUGUGAACGUUUCUUGUGCAUCAGGAGUCCACGAUCUUCGGAAUUUAUGGCAGCCUGCUAAAGAAAUCAGGAUGACUGCCAAACGAGUAGAAGCCCUCGUAAGCCGUAGCCGCACUAACGACUUGUCGGAUCUCAGGGGGCGCUUUGCCCCCCACCUGGACGUUAUCGAGAAGACGGCGAGGAAACGAGAAGACUUCAUCCAAGUGUGCAGCAUCGACAACGUACAUUGCAAUUACAAACUAUUUCACCCGUACACGACGAAAGAUAUGGGAGUUUGCUACACGUUCAACAGCCCCCACCUCGUCAGAGAAUCCAGCCCCAACGUCAGCAUCGAAGACCGCAGGGAGAACUUCAAGCCAAGAACUUCGUUCAAAAUCGGACCGCAGAGCGGCCUGAGCCUGACGCUGAACCUGCACGCGGCGAGCUACUUGUCGUUGCUGUCGCCCUGGUCGGGGCUGCGAGUGGUGCUGCAUGAGCCUUGGCAGGCGCCCUUCCCGGCCGAUGAAGGCUUCAACCUCGCCGCGGGACUGUCGCACUCCAUCGCUGUAACCAAGACUGUGGUGAACCGCGCAGGGCCUCCAUACGGACAAUGCGACGACACCAGCAGCAAGAUGUUCGACUACUCUGAAACGCUGUGCAAUAAGCUGUGCAUUGAACGCGAGUUCCGGCGUCGGUGCAACUGCACAGUCAACGAGGGCCCCGCCUUCGACUCCCUCGGCGAGGAGGACGAGUUCAAGGCCAAGAAAUUCGGGAAUUGCGAUGCCUUCGACCGCUAUCAGGGUCUGUGUAUGCAAGCAGUGAACUACAUGUCCACCACUGAAGAAUUCAAUUGUAACUGCGACCCCGCUUGCAGAGAGGUGCGCUACUCGGCUCUCAUAUCGUCCACCGACGUCAACAUGGAGUUUCUCAAAAUUGUCCAGAACAUCAAACAGGUUCCGAUGGGCGUUGACUUGUGCGGGAGAUGGAAGUCUGCGGUUCGCCUUCAGAUCUACAUUAACUCGUUUUCAUUCGAAGAUAUUGAAGUGAGUAAAACUUAA